CCCACCGCACGCAGCAGCAGCUGCCCGCCUGAGCUGAGCUCCCAAUCCGGCAAUCCGCCAUGCCCGCCGCCGAGAGCUGCCACUCCCGCAGCCUCUCGUGGCUCGUCAAGUCCUGCAUCCCCGCCGACCCCGCCCGCCACAUCGCCGUCCCCGUUCUUUGCCCCACCCCGCAACCGCCGCCUCCCUCGUCGCCGCCGGCACCCCCAAUCUCCACCCUCCCCGACGACCUCCUCCUCGAGUGCCUCGCCCGCGUCCCCCGCGCCUCCCUCCCUCCGCUCCCCGCCGUCUCCCGCCGCUUCGCCACGCUCCUCGCCUCCGACGCCUUCCUCCACCUCCGCCGCGCCCACGCCCACCUCCGCCCCUCCCUCCUCGCCCUCUCCGUCUCCGACAACGGUUGCGUCCCGCAGGCGCUGCUCCGGUUUGAAUCCUCCGUGCCCGUGCUCGAGGUCGCCCCGCUGCCGUUGCCCCCGACCCUGCUGCAUUGCGGCGGCUCUGUGUUCGCGCAUGCCCGCGCGGUCGUGCUGGGACGGGAUGUCUUCCUCAUCGGCCGCGGGGCGACGCUGCGCGUCGACGCGCUCACCGGCGCCGCCCGCGCGUGCGCACCCACGCUCUUCCCGCGGAAGAAGUUCGCCGCGGCCGCCGUGGGUGAUCGGAUCUACGUCGCCGGCGGAUCCGCGCGCACCGCGGCGGUCGAGGAGUACGACCCGGAGGUCGACGCGUGGCGCGUGGUCGGCGAGGCCCCGCGGCGGAGGUACGGGUGCGCCGGCGCGAGUGCGGGAGGCGUGUUCUACGUCGCCGGGGGCGUCGCGGUGUCCGGCGAGGGCGCGCGGGCGCUCGAGGCGCACGUGUGCGCCGGGUCGGUGGACGCGCUGCACGUCGCGUCCGGCACCUGGGCGCGCCCCCGUGCGCUCCCCGGCGGCGGCUGUGUCGUGGGGGCGUGCGGCGUCGGUGACCACCUGUACGUAGUAGCCAGCCACGCGGUGGAGCUCUCCUUCUGGAGGUGGUCCGGCGCCACCGGCCGUGGCGGUGACGGCAGAGGCUGGGGCGGGUGGGUGGCGCUCGAGGCGCCGCCGAUGCCGAGGGGGUCGGUGGGGCUCGGCAUGGCGGUGCGCGUGGCGAUGGCUGGCCUAGGAACCAACAGGGUGGCGGCCGUGGUGAGCGCCGCGGCCGUGAGGGGUCACAAUGCCGGCGGCGGCGCGUUGGAAGGGAUGGUGCUGGUUUACGACAUCGCCGGCGGCAAGUGGAGCCGCGCGCCGGACCUGCCGCCCGGGUUCCGCCGCGCCGCGUGCGCCGGCGUCGAGUGCUGAGAAUGUUGGUAGAUGUGGUCCCCGUAGUUCAGUGAGAUUCGUACUAUUUGGUGGAUGGACAGCUUGGUGCAAUGUCAAGUAACAUGGCGCCAUCGUGGGAUUGUUUGUUGAACAGCAACUUGAUUGGUUGCCACAAAAUUUCUCCAGUUGUUAUUUAGCAUAGGCAUUUUCGCAGUUGGAUUCGAUUCGAGUACAUUUCUUGCGAAAAUUAUCAGAAGCAAACUAGUAUACGAGUGAUUGUUCGAUUGAUAGCGAUUGCAAUUCAUUUUCUGAAGCAUUUUUCUAGAGGAUAUCAGCACGCGGGGGCUGUGGGGGACUGUUGACUGUGGUCACGGAGAAGUAGACAUUUUUAUUGUUGUCUACUUCUCCGUGGUUUGGUGCGAUUCCAAGCCCAACAACCUACUGUCGACUAGUGUCCCGCGAGUACUUGUGUUUACAUUCAUUUGCGAUAAAUUUAUAGUAUUGUUCAAUGUUGCAAUGUGGUCCUCUUUCAAUUGCUUGUGUGCUCUGCAUGAUUCGUGAUGAUCACUAGUUUUCUUUCCCACGUGAUUGCACGGUGAGCAAGAACAAAUCGACUGUUUAGUGCUUACUACUGUAAUGUAACACAGUAAUUCUGAAACUCGUAUGAUUCGUCGACUUCCUAGUUCACCAUCAAUCCUUUACUCACACUGCUACGGGGGCGUACACACUCUGGCCAUUGAAAUUCAGAAUCAAUUCAGAUCAGCUUCUUCUUCUGCGCGUCCUCCAUUUACUACCAGCUCCGCCUUAAAUUUUGUCACGCCAUUUUCAACUCAUACGCCGCACGCAUCGCAGCUCGUUCGUGCCACUAUCCAGCUGCAAGCUCCACUUCACUGCAGCCGCAGUCUCCAUCUAUCCCAUUUGAUUUGCCCACGCUGCUGCUACGAAUGCACGCGUCCAUCUCCUUCGCCCUCGCGCCCGCAUCUUCGCCCGACGCCGCCUCCUUCGCGCCCACCGCAGCGGACGUCGGCGGCGCUGUGUGCCUCGGCUACGGCAUCGCCAUCGCCGUCGGCGUCCUCGUCUUCAUCUCCACCGUCAUGCUCGCCUCCUACAUCUGCGUUCGGGCCAAGGCUGGAGCAGCUGCCGUGCUCCUCGCCGACGACGACGGCGGCGGCGCCCCGGCAGCGUCCGCCGUCGUGGUGCUAGGCCUCGACGGCCCGGCCAUCGACGCGCUCUACCCCAAGCUCCUACACGUCGGCGUCGGUGACGACGACGACGCGUGCGCGGGGGCGCAGUGCGCCAUCUGCCUCGGGGAGUUCGUAGCAGGCGACGCGCUCCGGCGAGGGCACGGCUGCGGGCACCGGUUCCACGCGGAGUGCGCGGAGCGGUGGCUGCGGGUGAGCGCCACCUGCCCGGUGUGCCGCGACUCGCCGCUGCCGUCGCCGAUGGCCACGCCGCUCGCGGAGGCCGUGCCCCUCGCCGCGCACGCUCGAUGACACAGGUUCACAUGUCACAUAUGUUACUGCUCUGUAGACAAUUUUUGCUCUCUCGAAUUUUCUUUGCUUCAUUCGAAGCGUGAUUGAUGUACUCCAUACAUUUCAAUACACUCACUCGCAUAGUACUACUCCAGAGUCCAUAUAGCUUUUCUGACACUGGAAGCUUUGGGAAAUAGAUUAGGGUAAGUGAUUAGUGAUAGAUGGAGUAUUACAUUUUUCAUAGCACAGAUCAUCAGGACGAUGUCUGCGGAACAAGCAAAGCUAGCGUGGGGUCGUUUUCAUCAGGCAACGGACAAUACAAUACGUGCAUCUUAUUAUGUGUGCACGUUAACUCGGGAGUGGAUUCUAAUCACUGAGGGAUAUCCCUUAUGUAUAUUUUUCUUCUAAAUUUGAUACAAAUAGUUGUACGGUGAUAUCUAUCGAUUCACCAAAAAUCAAAUUCAAAUUCAAUCUACAUAUCGAGGAAAAAAUGCAUAUGUGAAUAGUAUGCUACUAUUCAUAA